AUGACAAGAGAUUCUCAAUUAAAUACCAGUACAAAUAAUAAACCAAUUAUAGCACUUGAUUGCGACGGUGUUCUUUUGGAUUAUCAAAAACAAUAUGCUCAAAUAUAUGAAAAAACAUUUGGAAAGCAAUUAACAGUUGUUUCACCGAAGUCUUAUCUUGCUGAAACAACGUAUGGAGUUAAAUUGAAUGAUGAAGAAGAAGUUCAGUUUAAAGAAAAAUGGAAUACCCAUGGUUGGAGAACAAUGCCAAUGGAAGAUGGAUCACUUGAAGCAUGUCAUUUAUUACAUGAAGCUGGUUAUGAAUUAGUUUGUGUUACAGCAAUGUCUGAUCGUUUUAUUGAACAUCGUUUAGAAAAUUUCCGAUUACAUGGUUAUCCUAUUGAUAGAAUUAUUAGUACUGGUGGUUCUGGUAGACAUAAUCAUCAUAAUAAUCCUAAAAGAGAAAUUAUUGAAGAAUUACAUCCUGUUGUUUUUGUUGAUGAUUUAAGAAGAAAUUUUAAAGAUAUUCAAGGUGUUCAUACAAAAUUUGUUUUUAUUGAUCGUGACAUUCAUGAUGAUCCCAAUCGAAAUGAUCAAAUCUAUUAUGAUGUAAAAUAUCCAAGUCUUUUACAUUUUGUUGAAGAUUUUCUUAAAACAGAACAACAUGGAAAAAAUAUUAUUUGGCCAGAAAGACCAUCAUCUCUUCUUCCUUCUAUCUCAUCUUAA